UUAUAAAAAGGAUUGGAGAUCAUUUGGUUAUCUUAAAGCUGUACUUGCAUAGCUUUUUAUCUCUGCUUUGUGUUGAUAGGUUGUCAGGCUCUUGAAAGCUGUUUUGGCUGUAAGUCUGACCGAAGGGCCAGGAUUGUGCUAAUGAAUAGCAUAAAGGUAAUUAGUCUGGCACAUUUAUGCAAGCAGCUGAAAACUAUCUGGGGGCAGCGACUGGUGCCAGCAAGACCCUGCAGCAUGGUCACCUGCACUCAGAUAAACAGGAAUGCCGCAUUGCAUCCGCUUUGGCAGAGCGAGCUUUCCGUUUCUGGUGGCACUCGGCAGUCUCCAAUCAACAUCCAGUGGAGAGACAGUGUUUAUGACCCUCACCUGAAGCCCCUGAAAAUCCACUAUGACCCAACCACAUGUCUCUAUAUCUGGAACAAUGGGUACUCGUUCCAGGUUGAAUUUGACGAUUCUGCAGACAAAUCAGUAAUUAUGGGAGGACCCUUGGAAAACCAUUACAGGCUAAAGCAGUUCCACUUCCACUGGGGAGCCAUAAAUGAAUGGGGUUCAGAGCACAUGGUUGACAGCAAAGUCUACCCAGCAGAGCUGCAUUUAGUACACUGGAAUCCUGUCACGUCCACAAGCUUUGAAGAAGCUAUCAUGGAGAAUAAUGGUUUGGUUGUCAUAGGAGUAUUUUUGAAGCUGGGAGCUCAUCAUGCAGGACUACAGAAGUUAGUAGAUGCGUUACCAGCAGUUAAACACAAGGACACAAUUGUUGAGUUUGAUGUGUUUGACCCCUCCUGUUUGAUGCCAUCAUGCCCGGAUUAUUGGACCUAUGAUGGAUCUUUGACCACUCCACCACUUACUGAAUCUGUCACCUGGAUUAUUAAGAAGACACCAAUAGAAGUUGAUCAAAAUCAGCUUGAGGAGUUUCGGAUGCUGCUCUUUACCUCAGCUGGGGAGGAAGAAAAGAGGAUGGUAGACAACUUCCGCCCGCUUCAGCCACUGAUGAAUCGGACCGUCCGUUCAUCCUUCCGAAACCACCACCUAUUGAACAUUGAAACAAGACCCAGCGAACUUGCCCACCAACAUAGCCCAUAGGAUAGCCUAAAAAGAGACCGUAUAUGUUACAAUAUCUCAAAGUUACUAACAGACACUUUAUUUUUAAAAAUUCUGUAUGUAGUGUGUGUGUACACUAUAGAAUUUCAUGGUCAGUCGUUUAAAGGGAUUUGGGGGUUACUGCUUGGCAUUUACCUUCAGUGGGUCAGCGUUUCUAUAGAAGUACAUACUUAUUUUUUUACCAAACUUCUAAAGCAAGUAGCAAUAACUCAUAGCAUGUAUCAGGAGUUAUUUUGAGAAUUUAAAGCAAAAUAAGGGAGUGAGGUUUCACCGCCCUAUCCCAUGUCAUAGUUAGUUUGUAUCUCAUGAAACGCUUUUGCUUAAAAACUUGUUUUCAAACUAAUAACCCCAACAGAGCAACACUAGCAGAUUGGGGGCACAAAAAGAAGUCUCUCAUAGAUAACAGAUCGUAUCCACUGUAGGAUUACUUUGGGGGAGGAGGGGAAAACAGCUUUCUGUAGGCAAAAAGAAAAUGGAUACACUUUGUAAAGAUUGAAAACAGUUUCUUGAGGAAUGUGGCAAUUAUCCUAAAGUAUGGUCCAGAUGGUUUCUUUUUAUCUACCUCUGCUAGCAAUAGUUUUCUCUAUAUUCAUCAUGUUUCACUUACUUCGUAUGUUUUGCUUUGUUUAAUGUCCAUCAUGUGGGUGAAAUUUGUGUACAAAUGGCUAAGUAACUCUUCUUUUCUGAUGGAAACGAAGUCUGUCUUUAGACCUUAGAAGUGAUAUGGAGUAGAUUUGUUUAAGUCAUUUUGGAGAACAAAUGAGAAAUCUUGACCUUAGCUAGUAAAUGGGAAAGACUCCAAUAACUGAGGUCACUCAGUGUGAGUGAGAUCAGUACAUUAGCCCUGCUAGAUUUUAAGCCUUAUGAGAAGUUUGCAUAUUUGGUUGGAAAACACUUUGGGGUGGGGUGGAGGGGCAGGAGACUCUGUUUAUUUUGAGUGUGGGCUUUUGCCUAGCUCAUUUGAGUGCCUUAUUGUUGUCCAUGCUUCCUUCAUUAACCUUGCCUUUAGCUGUUUGCCUUUUUGCCUUGAGAAUGACAUUUCCCCAUCUGCCUUAAAGUGUGGUUCGGUUCUAAAAUGCAACUGUGUGUAAAUGGCUCUUCUCGUUCCCUAGAUCUGCUCUCCUGUGUGUAGUCAGAUCAGAUCUGCGUACUGAAGUGUUACAGAUAGGUUUUCACAUCUGUUAGCCCUUCAGAGCCCCCACAGGUAGGUGGGAUUGAGCUGGAUUCCAUUCCUUCUUUUGCAUCAUCAACAGAACGCUUUAUUAACUUUCAAUCACUUGUAACUGAAAACAGUGGCUGGCACAGAUGUCACUGAGGGCAUCAUCUAAAUACCAUGGGGAUGAAAGGAGUAACUGAUGCCAUAAUUUGGUCUGUAGAACCACUUUUAUAUGCAUGAUUUAUGCGUGAGAAUGAAAGAUCCCAGUGUGACUCUUGGAGAUGAGGUGAAGUUUGCUGGACUCACAGCUAGGAAAAGUGAGACAAGGUGGAUGAGGUAAUAUCUUUUAUUGGACCAACUUCUGUUGGUGAGAGAAACAAGCUUUUGAGCUACAACAGCUGCUCAUCAGGUCUGGGAAAGGUACUCAGAGCUUGUCUCUUUCACUAACAGAAUUUGGUCCAAUAAAAGAUAUUCCCUCACCCACCUUGUCUCUCUCAUGUCCUAGGACCAACACUGCUACAACAACAGUGCAAACAAGCUAGGAAAAGCAUCAUUUUGCUCUUUAAACUGAGCAUAUUUGACCUGGAUUCAUUGAAAGUGAACAUGAAGCUCAGCAAUGCCAUUCCUACAUCUACUUUUCAGAGUGGAACCACACUUGAAGAUGGCAGUAACUCUGAAUCAGUCACUGGAAAGUAUCUUUUAUACCUUCCCAGACCACGGCCACUCUCCCAGUAAGGGAGUGAUAUUUAAACUGUUAGAAAUUGCUAACUAUGGUAUUCUGUAAUCUUAAUAAUGCUGCUUUUACAUUUAAAGGCUAGUGAUGACUAGGAUUCUGUAAGUAAAUAAAUCUUAAGAACAUAAGAACAGCCAUACUGGGUCAGACCAAAGGUCCAUCUAGCCCAGUAUCCCAUCUUCUGACAGUGGCCAAUGCCAGGUGCCCCAGAGGGAAUGAACAGAACAGGGAAUCAUCAAG